UUCAAGCAAAAAAAAAAGUCAGUACAAUCAUUUCGUUGAUUGGAAAAUUAUCUACAGUUACCCAAAUUCCACAAAGUUUUUCAAAUUUCUUCCUGGCCAAAAUUUAAAAUUAUUCUUGAACCUGCUCCCAUACAUCAUCUAGAAUGACUUCCUCGAAUCGCAUCUUCCAGCUGGAACUGAUCGUGGAGGAGUUGCAGAUGCUUCCGGAAAAUAGGAACGGUAACGGAAAGGGAACCAAUGGCAAUGGAACUAACAGCAAUGGUAGCAUACGUCUGGAACCGGGUACCCCUAGAGCAUCGGCAGAAGCUGGAGAUGAGACCGUGGAAGUUUACAAGUGUCCGGAGCGGUGUGUCCGGCUGCAGUUGGCAAAACUGGCUCGAUGCGAGGUUUGCGAACGGGAUUUCGGGUCCCAGGUCGAUGUGGAAACUACCAAACAGGGUGAAAACUGUAUGUUCACGUUGAAUGGGACGAAUUUGAGGGAACAGCAGCUGAGCUUUGAUAUUUCCGCUGUGGAAACGGAACCGGACGGGAAUCGGAAGGUUUUGGGGACUUGGAGGGAACCGGCCAAUGAGAUCCUGUUUAACUUACUGAAGAACUAUGAUGAUGUUAACUUCCGGCGGGAUAAAGAGACUGAGUCUGCUGAAAGUAUUUUUUCGGAGGAUUCCAUUUCUAGAAAGUGUUAUCCGGUGUCGGAAACUAUCCGGUCGAUGUAUCCCUUGCAGCUGGAGGAUGAGUCGGUUGUGGGAUAUGUAAUCCUCACGCUAAGGAUUGCUUGUCUAGGGUCUAGAAUCACCCAGAAGGUUAUGUUCGGGGGCAAGGAUCAGGAAGCGAUAACCUGCUUUAAGGGAACGGAUCCAGAGCAUGGAGAACAGCUGAUGAAGUGUGUCACAUACGAUGAAACGGCACAUCCCCAUCCGAUAAUCUGCGGUCAAUGUGAAGCUAGGGGAAGCAUGGCUUCAUUGGUAACUGCUCCCGGAUCGAUGACAGAAGUUUGUCCACCCUAUGAUGAGUACACAGCUCAGAUGAAUGGAAAUGCUAUUACCAUUCGGGUGGAGAAAUUUUCCGAUAUUAAGGUUAUGUUGGAUGGAGAGGAAACUGAAGGUGCUUGUACCAAGGGAUGUUGGACCUCUCUCAAAAUGCCGGAAGGCACCUACGCUUUGGAAGAGAAAUAUGUUCAACGCGAGAAGAAUGCCUGUUGCUUGCCGGUGGUCCGUGGAAACCUUAAGUAUCCGGCCCAGCAAUGGUCCGGUGACUUUAUGAUGUGCCGAAGUAAGCGACCUAUCUGUGCAGAACACUAUCGAUCGAGACCGGACCCGAUGAGGAAUAUUUGCAUGCAAACGCGGGAUCCGGAAGCGACGGAUCCGGCCAAUGCCUGUGGAAUCGAGAUCUGUCGCAAGGGUUCCUGCGAUCCAAAUGUUGACGUUUUCGUGCUCAAACUGGGUAAGAAUAAAACCUCUCGGGAUGAGCAAGCUCCGAAUCAGAUUGAGCUGGAGCUGAGGACUCCCAAGGGUCCGAUGAUCGAGAAACGGCCGAAGGAAACCCGGGGUUGUCAGGUGAUUGAAGAAGAAUUUGAGGACUUCAAGCCACCGGCACCGGAGAAGAAAGGCAAGAAGGGGGGCAAGAAAGGUGGCAAGAAAAAGUAGUCUAUACUUUGAACAAAUGUCUAAGUAAAGUUUGUAAAAAAGUUUAUUUUGAACAAAGUUGUA